AACAGCAGUAAUAAAAUGGAAGCGAUGAUAUCACUACUACAGCACGAUAUCCCAUUCAUUGAUGACGUCAUAGUUGAAAGUAAAUUGUUAUUAUUAAAUCAUUUAGUUUCAUUUCUCUACAUUGAGGAUAAACUUCAGGUGACCAGAAUGAAUAACACGGAAAAUGAUAUGUUUUCGAGUUGUUAUGGAAAUCUCUGCUCACAACCUGAAGACAUGGUUGAUCUAGAUGUUCUAAAUGAGGAAUUACACAAAACUACAGGACUAAAUGAAUGCAAGAAUUUUACAGAAGAUAAUAUUGGACAUAUUGAUUCUCGAGACGACGAUCGCAAAAAUGCUACUGAUAAUCAUAUUGGUAAUGUGAAGGAAAUGAUUCAAAUAGAUGUUAAGGAAGGCCAAAACCAUGACCAGUUAAACGAUGAUGAUGAAACAGCAAAACAUGACUAUUCAAAAGACGAGAAAACUAAGAGAUAUUGUGUAUGUGAAGUAGCAGACGAUAAGAAGGUGUAUGUAAACAACAGAUUGAAAUGUAAGACACUGAAUGGAGAAAAGUCUGUCAGCCCUGACAACCAUCCAUUUAAAUUGAACAAGAGAAACGCAAAAUUAGAUAACUCUUUACCAAAGAAAGACAGGGAAAGUUUUGCAAUGAACAAAAACUGGAUAAUCAAAGGAGGAAAAAUAAAUUCGAUAUCAAAAAUAAACCCACAUCGCAUUAAUACAGCCACGGAAAUGAUUCAAAAUAGUAAGACAAAUUUAACUUACUCGUUGUUUUAUAUUCCGAAAUGUUCAAGAAAGGAACAACUAGAAAAUAAUGAUGAAAUUUCGUCAACUAGAAGACCAUUUGAGGAAUGCCAAAAUUUCACAACACACGAACCCCACCUCAGUAUACCAAAACCAUAUUUUCACCGUAUGUCGUCAUGUGAAUACAGAAUUUCGGUGGUAGACAUGUCAUAUUACAGAUCUGAAAGAAAAACAAUUCAUCCUCCUGGAAGAAUUUCUGAAAGCAAAGUUUCAGCGCCUCUCCGGUGUCGGAGUGUUUCAUAUUUACAGAAUAACAAUAAUUCAGCAAGCCCAAAAUCCAAGCAAGGCCUUUCACGUCCACGGCGAUAUAGUCACUUACGAGAUUCACUGGAACUUGCUAAAUUACGAUGGGCAUCAAAAAACCGGGGCUCUCCCUUCACUGCACAACCACAUACUUCACGAUAUGCAUCAGAAUAUCACCACAAUGUAAGACCACCACACGUAUACAGAACUGCACUGAGAGUUGAUAGACGACCCCCACGAUAUGUAUCAGACUAUCACAUUAAUGUAGAGCCAUUUCAACCACUACAUAGUCCACGAUAUAUAUCAGACUUUCAGACUAUAGAGCCACUUGAAGCGCUACAUAGUCCAAAAUAUGUAUCAGAAUAUCACUUCAAUGUAAGGCCAUCACAACUACAUCGAAAUUUACUGGAACCUAACAAUGCAGAUCAAACACAUAGAUCAUCAAUGCAUCAUCACGUCAUUCCAUGUCUCCGUAUAGGUCCCGACAUUCACUACCACGCUGGAGCAGAUCAAUGCCAUCAUUUCGAGAUGAUUUAUAUCGUACUUAUCCACUGAGUCUUGCAACUAGUAGAAAACUGGCACCCAUAUUUCUACAUAAUUUAACCUAUCAAGGGUACUCUACUGCCUACACAACACCAUCACCGCAUGGAUUGCAACGUCUAUCUGAACAAAAAGUAUCUCCUCUCGUAACAUGGGACCCUGAUACUUCGAGACAGAGUCGU